GCUGUGUUUGAGUAACUCACUUAAUCUUUAUCUAUUUGCUCUGCUGAAAAACACUUAAAGAACACUUCCUACCCACCUAAAACAAUGAGGAUAAAGGUGGCAUCUAUGUGAAAGUGUCUUGUAAACUGUAAAGCGCUAUUUAGACUGGAAAAAAAGCAGAUAGUUCAUGGUGCUGGAGAUGAAGAAAAUCAGUUUGGGCACCCAACGAAAUAGCCUUCAUGUACUGAGACUUAGGGAAACCACAAAUAGUAUUUAUUACCCUUUUUGGACUGGAGCUCAAUUUGUGCACAACGAAUAUUUUUAAUUUAUAUGGCAUACAAAAUUUACCAAGAAUUUCACAUGAUCUUUUUGAGCUGCACAACAAUCUUGUGAGGACGGAAAUAUCAUUUCCAUUUCAAGGAGGAGGACCUGCAGGGCACCAUAUUACUAAUGAGGGGCACAGCCAUACAAGCAUUCAGAUAUCCUCGUUCCGAGUUCAACCUAAAUAUGAACAAACCAUUCCCCACCCACGCCGUCCUCCCGGAACACGAAAGAGACAGCUGGUAGGUCCCAGCUCCGGGUGAUCCACCAAUUCCUCGCGACCCCUGGCCCCCACGUCGCAAUUCUGGAUGGUACAGCCCCUUUUUCCUAUCGCGAGACUGGAAGGGCACGGCUUCUGGUUGCCAGGGGAACAGCGUUCUCAGAAGCCGGAGUGCUUUGGAUCCGCAGCUCCCUCCACCUCCAGAGUAGCUGUGGUGGCGGGAAAAACCUCUCCCUUUUGGGGGGCAGUGGGUGACACGGCGAGUGUCAGCAGUGCGUUUCCGAUCCGUCAAUGCUCUGACGACUGGUGACUAGCUCCCAAGGUUUCCGCCGGGUAUCAAUGGAUAUUAUAAAGGGAAACUUGGAUGGAAUUUCAAAACCAGCCUCAAGUUCAAAAACACGUCCUGGGAGCAGAGGUUCAAAUGCUUCUUUGGAGGUGCUCUCACCAGAGCCAUCAUCGUUCAAGGUUGAUACUGCAGUCAAGUUGAACUCUGAUAAAGAAGACUACUCAGAGAGCAGUAAUACAGAGGAAAGUAGAAACAGUAAUGUUAAUAAAGAGGAAAACUACUCCGAGAAAAUAAAAUUGGCUGAAGAGGAGUCAGAUGAAGAUCUGAGUCUGGUUCAACAUCAGAUAAUCUCUAAAUGUUCAGAUGAACCCGAGUUAAAAGAAUUAGAUUCUCAACUUCAAGAUGCUAUUCAGAGGAUGAAGAGGCUUGAUAGAAUAUUGGUGAGGAGACAAUAUAGAGAAAAAGAAAUUAAGAAGCAAGGUCUAGAAAUGAGAAUAAAGCUGUGGGAAGAACUGAAGUCUGCAAAAAAUAGUGAAGCUUUGCCAAGUAAUGAGGAGAUGGAAAAUACAAAAAAGUUUCUUGCUUGGACUGCUGUAUCAGAAGAAACUGUCGAUCCUUCUCACUGUGAGCAUGAAGAUACCUUUUUCUCCGUGUUUCACACUCAAGUACCACCAGAAGAAUAUGAAAACCGUAUACAGAAUGUCAGUCAAGAUUUUACCUAUGAUGUGGAAAGAAAUGAGUCAUUGAUCAAAGCAGAAAAGAAACCUUUCUCAAAUACAGAAAAGAUUGAGCUCAGGGGUAAACACAGCCAGGAUUUUAUUAAGAGAAACAUUGAGUUGGCCAAGAAUCAAGGAAAACCAGUGUUUAUGAUUGACAGAGAGAAGAAAAGGCUGGUUGAACUUUUGAAGGACUUAGAUGAUAAAGAUUCGGGGCUGUCCAGUUCUGAGGGCGAUCAGUCUGGCUGGCUGGUCCCAGGAGAAGGAUAUACACUUGCAGUUACCCAGCAUCAGCAGCUUGCUGAAAUCGAUACUAAACUCCAGGAACUCUCUGCAACCUUCCCCAUAACCUUCAGCUUUUCUCCAAGACUGGAAAAUGAGAAUGACCAGACACAGCAAGAAGACAGCCAUCUAGGAACUAGGAAGCAGGCCUUCAGCAGACACCAGUGCUUAUACACUUUCAGGAUUUGUGCUGGGAUACAGAGCAGGAUAAGUCAUGGUCCCUGUCUGAGCAGUGACAGUGUGGAACCUGACAAUGGUGAUGAUAGAAAUAUGGAAAUAACUCCAGGAGAAAAGAUACUUCGGAACACCAAAGAGCAACGGGAUCAGCAAAAGCGGCUGAAAGAGAUUGAUGAAAAGCUGAAAAAGAUGAAGGAAAAUGUGUUAGAUUCAACAUCAGGUCUCUCUGAGGAACAGUUAAGGUGUCUUCUGGAUGAAUGCACAUUCAAACAAAAAUCCAUGAUUCGACUUUCUUCAGAAAGAGAAAAGAAGGACAUUGAGGAUAUUAUGCCUGAAUCCCCCCAGCUCUCGAGAUCUAUCCUCUCUGAGUUACCAACUAUGUCAGAAACAGAGGUCAGAAGCACCAAGGUGGAAGAUGUAAAUAUGCAUGAGAAUGCAGAACGUAAAACAUCUACAGGCUACUAUCUCACCAAAGCCUUGACUGGGCAUUACAUGUCACAAGCUCUUGUCAUCGAAGCUGAGAAUAUGAAAUGCCUCCAAUUUUCCAAGGAUGAGGUUUUUAGUGAUACAAAAGACUAUUUUAUGUCAAAGACUCUUGGCAUCGGAAGACUGAAAAGGCCUUCUUUCUUGGAUGAUCCACUGUAUGGCAUCAGUGUGAGCCUUUCAUCCGAAGACCAACAUCUGAAACUCAGCCUUUCAGAGAAACCAAAAACAGAUGAACAAGAGAUUGAAGAUAUGACAGAAGAAUGUAAAGAAUCUUAAGCAAAGACUUGCUGGCUGGGGUGUGCUUUAAGAAAGUUGGUAAAUUAAGUUAAUUUAUACUUUUUCUGAUUCUUUGAAUUCAGUGAAUGCAUUGUAGAGACCAUUCUUCAAAUGAUUUUAAUAUUUGGAUUCUUUCUGGAUUGCAUUUCAUUGAUAUUAUUGUUCAAUGGUUUUCUUCCUUGAAAUUCCUGAGAAAAUUGUUUUUUAUUACUAAUCUUGCAACAUCAGGAAUACAUUAUAGAAGCCAACAUUUUAUCUAUCUGUAUUUUAAAACUGGUUGAAGUGCUAUGAUUGUUUUGUAUUUGAUUUUAUAUGUUACAACUUUACUGUGAUUCAGACAAAUUUAAUCACUAUGAAUUUUUGUUUUGGCCCGGGUUUUCCUUGUUUUCCUCCUCUCUCAUGCCUGUUAAGUAAGUACAACUUGCCAUAGAAAGAAAUGAAUUUUCUCAAUAAAGCAAAGUUCGGAUAGCUUUUA